UGACACUAGCCCAAUAUUGACCAAUCUUCAUCCUACAAAUACCCUUUUCCCUCUCCCUCAUUGUUGCUCUAUAUUUUGUCUAUUUCUGUGUGAAUACCCGUGAGCAAAGAAGGUAGCCAUGGACAGAACAUUUCUUCUCCUCACUCUUCUUCUAGCUCUUACCCGCUCAUCAGCUUCAGAUAAUUUGAUAGAUGCAUCCAAGUUGAAGAUGUUUGUGGAUCAGCUUCCUGAUAUGCCCAGAAUCCCUGCCUAUGAGAUUUUAGAUGGCGUUCCAAAAUCUAAGUCGCUCAAGAUUGGCAUGUUCAAGAAAAAAUGGAAAUUCCACAGAGAUCUCCCUCCAACGCCUGUCUAUGCUUAUGGCUUAACCGAACAAAGAGCAACAGUUCCUGGCCCAACCAUAGAGGCCCAUUAUGGAGUUGACACGCAUGUGACGUGGCAAAAUCACCUCCCUCCGAAUCACAUACUUCCAUGGGAUCCAACCAUCCCAACGGCACUCACCAACACUACAAAAGGUAUCCCUACAGUGGUUCAUCUCCACGGUGGGAUCCACGAACCCGAGAGCGAUGGAAACGCCAACGCAUGGUUCACAUCCAAAUUCAGAGAAAAGGGACCCACUUGGACCAAGAAAAAAUAUCAUUACCCAAAUAACCAACACCCGGGUAACCUUUGGUACCAUGACCAUGCCAUGGGGUUGACCCGAGUCAACCUUCUCGCUGGCUUAGUUGGCUCCUACAUCAUUCGCGACCCUUCCAUCGAGGACCCACUUCAAUUACCCCAUGGAGACGAAUUCGAUCGACCGCUGGUCGUGUUCGAUCGUAGCUUCCGUACGGACGGUUCCAUCUUCAUGAAUUUCACCGGAAACAACCCUUCCAUCCACCCUCAGUGGCAGCCAGAGUAUUUCGGUGACGCUAUCAUUGUCAACGGCAAAGCGUGGCCGCGUCUCACUGUACGACGUCGUAAAUAUCGAUUUCGAAUAAUCAAUGCCAGCAACGCUAGAUUCUUUAGAUUCUUCUUCACCAACGGCUUGAGAUUUACACACGUGUCGUCCGAUUCUGCUUAUAUUGAAAAGCCGGUAACGACCAAUGAAACUUUGCUGGGGCCAUCUGAGAUCACAGACGUCGUUGUUGACUUUUCUCAAUCGAGGAGCAACAUUACUAUUCUAGCUAACGAUGCACCCUAUCCUUACCCAACCGGUGAUCCUGUUAAUGAAGCUAACAGCAAGGUUAUGAAAUUUUUCAUCCUACCUGAUCUAGAGCUUGACACGUCACGAGUACCUAAAACGUUGGUAGAAUACCCCGUUGCGGAUUUAUCCAGUGUGUCGCGCACAAGGUACAUUGCUAUGUACGAGUACACGAGCGACGUUGAUGAGCCAACACACUUGUACCUUAACGGGAAACCGUAUGAGGCACCGGUUACGGAAACACCCAAGCAGGGGUCCACGGAGGUGUGGCAUGUGAUUAACCUGACGGAGGAUAAUCACCCGCUUCACAUUCAUCUGGGAUUGUUCAAGGUGUUGGAUCAGACGGCGCUGCUGAAACCAUAUGAGUUUAAGGAAUGUAUGAUGAAAAUCAACGACGCCGUCAAGUGCCACGUGGACAAGUAUGCGCGUGGAAAGAAAGUAGAAGUGCCAGCUCAUGAGAAAGGGUGGAAGAACGUGUUCAAGAUGAUGCCCGGACACGUAACUAGGAUUGCAGUGAGAUUUUCUUACAUUCACACCAAUACAUCGUAUGGGUUCGACGCCACCACAGAGCCUGGUUACGUCUAUCAUUGUCAUGUAAGUACUCUUCGUUUCUUUUAUCGUUUCAUGGAGGAUCGGUGGUAUAGCUUUUUAAGCAAGUAUUGCAUGUUUUUAUGGAAAAACGACAUACACAGUUUGUAAGCUUCGUAUAUUUUGAUAUGCAUCGUAGUAACCCACGGCACACACCGUUUCUAUGCAGAUAUUGGACCAUGAAGACAAUGCUAUGAUGAGACCCUUGAAAGUUAUCAAGUGAGGUCUCCCGAGGAAGCCAUUAGCCAUGGAAUGGUAAUAUGCGGACAAUUAAUUUUAUUAUACUGUUAUAGUGUGAUCUAAUUUCAGCAGUAUUUCAAACUUCUAAUUCUUGACGAUCUAUAAACUAGGGAGAUUUUGCUAGUGAAAGAAGAAUCUUUAGAAUGUAACCAUAUUUAAAAAAUAACUACUUGGGUUGACGGAAGCAUGCAUUUAUAAUUUUAUAUUGUUUUCUUGCUUAACUAUCCUUGUUUUUUUCUCUCUAUACAAUAAUGAAUGCAGGGGCUCAGGUGCUCUCUAAAUAGAUGCAAAAUGUCGUUCAUGACGAGAUACAAAUUUUUCACUUUCUUGGAAGAUACAGAGAGACUAGACAGUUUGGCAUUCAUAUAAAAAAUAAGCAGAUGCAGCAAUUUAUAUUUUUCCAAAAAUUGUAUAUUGUCCUUUUUCUUUUUCGCAAACAAUGUUAAAGAAAUGCCUAAUGUCAUUUAAUCCUAUCCUUAUUAU